UCGCGUCGCGGAGGCGGCAGCAGCGGCGGCAAACAUGGCGGCCAGCGUCCCUUUCAUUCCCUCUGCUGCCGGCGAGCGUCCUUUCGCGCCGCGUCAAUGGGUGUCAUAGCCCAGGGCCUUGAUGUCGUGCUAUCGGCCGCUGCCGCGCCGCCAGGAUGUCGCAAACGACCCCCCAGGCCCCUGCCUGCUCCAGGACGGGCCGCGACGACAGCCCCGAGCCCGAGGAACUGGUGACCUGCUCAGCCAUGCCUUCCAAACAAAAAGAUUGGAAGCGAAGUACAAAGCGGUUCUUAAAUCGUCGUGUCCGCAUCACAGAAUGGCUUCCUGAGUACAACAGGGACAAGUUUGUAUGUGAUUUGAUUGCUGGUGUGACUGUUGGCCUGACUGUCAUGCCACAGGCCUUGGCAUAUGCUACAUUAGCGGGAUUGGAACCCCAGUAUGGUCUGUAUUCUGCUUUUGUGGGUUGCUUCAUAUAUGCCAUAUUUGGCAGCUGCAAAGACAUUACGAUAGGACCAACUGCCCUAAUGGCACUUAUGACUUAUCAGCAAACAAUAGGUCGUAAUGCGGACUUUGCCAUUUUGCUAUGCUUCCUUUCUGGUUGUGUGCAGCUUCUCAUGGGUGUUCUGCAUCUAGGUGUUUUGGUUGAUUUUAUUUCUAUCCCAGUAACCGUUGGAUUCACAUCAGCAACAUCUGUUAUCAUAGGAACCUCUCAACUGAAGGGUCUUAUGGGUCUGAAAUUUGAUUCCUCUGGAUUUGCUGAUAAUGUUCGCAAAGUAUUUUCACAUGCAGGGGAAACUCGAAUUUGGGAUUUAGUCCUGGGACUAAGUUGCAUCAUUAUUCUUCUCUCCUUCCGAAAAAUAAAAGACAUUAAAAUUGGUGGGUCCAAACCAACAAGAAAGCAAAAAAUUAUCAUGAAAACAUUGUGGCUUAUAUCAACAUCAAGAAACGCACUCAUGGUUCUUGCAUGCUCCUUCCUAGCAUACCUUCUCCAUGAGCAAGGGACUGAAUCAGUGUUUGUACUUACAGGAAAACUUCAAUCGGGGUUGCCUCCUCUGCAACUUCCUCCAUUCCAAACCAGUUUCUCAAAUCAGACAUUUGACUUCACUGGCAUGUGCACAGAACUGGGAUCUUCAAUUGUCCUUGUGCCAGUCAUUGCAGUUUUGGGAAAUGUUGCAAUUGCAAAAGCAUUUGCCAGUGGUGACUCAAUUGAUGCUACACAAGAACUGUUAACUCUUGGCUUGUGCAAUGUUGCUGGUUCAUUUGUUUCCUCAAUGCCUGUCACGGGAUCAUUUUCACGUUCUGCUGUCAACCAUGCAAGUGGUGUCCGUACUCCAAUGGGUGGAGUGUACACCGGUGCAUUGAUUUUACUUGCUCUGAGCCUUCUGACGCCUUACUUCUACUAUAUACCAAAAGCAUCACUUGCAGCUGUAAUUAUUUGUGCAGUCAUCUUUAUGAUUGAAUAUGAAGUUGUCAAGCCCAUGUGGAGAAGCAGUCGCAAAGAUUUGGUGGCAAUGGCAGCAACUUUUGUGCUUUGCCUAGCAAUUGGAGUUGAGUAUGGUAUUUUGGUUGGAGUGGCAAUCAAUAUUGUGUUUCUAUUGUAUCCAUCAGCUAGACCAAGCGUUCAUGUUGAACAAAAUACUACCGCCUCUGGAAUAUCUUACCUUAUGGUUACACUUGGUAACAGCCUCUACUUUCCUGCUGUUGAUUUCAUUAGAGCUAGUGUUGGUCGUGCAGGUAUUAAACAGGGAGCUAGUCAGUUGCCUGUCGUUGUUGACUGCCGCUUUAUUUUGGGAGCUGACUAUACUGCUGCAAAGGGCAUAGCAUCGCUUAUUGAUGACUUCCACAAACGUAAACAGCGGAUUCUAUUUUACAAACCAAGAGCUGCAGUUUUGUCAGUUCUGCAUGGGGUGGGACUAGAAGAUUUUAUUCAUGUUAGCACACAAGAACAACUGGACUCAACUCUUAAAGAUUCAAGCAGUUCUGCUGGGAUCAAGUACAAUGAUGUAGAGCUGCAUGAUGUUGCAGCUAUCCGACAUAAGGAAAAGGAGGCGGGAGAAAAUUCAGUUCCUCUUCUACCAGAGCCUAACUUGCAUCCUGCAUAGUGAAACAGGAGUGACUUUGAAUGGGUGAAAUACUGAUAAGUCAUGGUUGUAUUAUGGCUAAAGUUCCCUCAUCAUGUGGUCAUGCAUGCACUCUUAAUGCAUUGCAUGCUCCUCCUUGUUUAAUUUAGACCUGCUCUAUUCCAUCACUUUGUUUUUCGGUUGUUGUUGCCCAUUCCGGUUGUCAGUUAGAUCAAGUUUUAUAUUUUCAUUGAACUUUUACAUUUCUUUUACAUCCCUCUCUCUCGUUUUUUAUCUUUCUUCUUUUUUACUUCAUGUCAAAGUACCUUUUUGAGUAUAGAUCUGUAUUUGUAAUAGUACGUAAUAAAUAAUUUAUUCCUAGUUCAUGAUGACCAAAGUCUCAUCAUCUGAUAAUGAAGUUAAUGCUUAUCUUGUACAUAUUAUAGUUUGGGAGAGCAUUCUCCCUGUUUUGUGUGUGUGUGUGUGUCUGUGUGUCUCUGAGAGUUCAAAGACAUCUUUUAUGUAGUUAAGAGCUGAAGACUGUUUGGCAAUAUUUAUACUUUUCAUUUUUGCUCAUACUGAGACUGUUCUUAUUUGUGUGGCACCAAAGGAGACACAAAGUUUUAAUUAAUUCAUUACAAAACUUGUUCUUCAAAAUAUUUGAAUUGUGAUGUUAGAACAAUAUGACAGUGCACCCUAUUUUUUAGACUAAGAUUUUUUUGUACAAUUAUUGCACAAUUACCAAGCAAUUUGGUUUUUUAUUAGGUUUUAUAAUAAGGACUAGAAAACAGAAAAGUGUUAAUAGAGACUACUUGCUUCUUAAUUUUGUUGAUGUUUGAUGGAGCUUUGCAACAAACUUACAUCCAUCCACGUAAAGGUUCACAUAGAUUCUGAAAUUUGUGUCUUCCAUCAAGGUUCUGUCUAAUGUGUUAACUUCUGUACUUCAUAAAAACCAACAAUCCACUUUUCAGGUAGUGUUUUGCUACCAAUAAAUCUUAAUCAGCCCAGUGAGGCUAACUGCCAAAUAUAACACAAUUCCUGGCAAUUUGUGACUUUAUUUUUUUGUCAAAUCACCUUAUUGCAGAAUUUGGUUACAGUACCAGUGUGUGCGCGCCAUGACAUGGGCAUGCUAGUUCAGUAUUGGGGGUAUAAAUGAAAGCUUGUUUUUCAUCAUUGAAUAGUGUUUAUUCACAAAGAGAUUUUCUAUUACCAUGUAUACAUAUAAACUUUUAUAAAAGAAGUGCAUAUGCAUUUGAUAUGAUUGAGGACUGGCAAGUUUGAGAUCCAUGCUAAACCAUUACCAACAAUAAAGUAGAUAUAACAUGAAUCAGGUACAUUGUCAUGCCAUGUAAAGACCGAUAUACAUUUUAAUUGUGUUUUGAAUAUAAAUUAAUAUAUU